AUGCUCCUUGACCUAGUUUUUCAGAUGCUCUCGUCUCUCUCACCAUUCACUCCGUCUCUCGCCGGCCCGCCGUCAGCUUCUAUUUGCCUCCUCAAUCUCCGGCAUCCAACGCUCGCUCGUCGAUCCUCUGACCUCCGUCAAAUUCACAGUUCACAGUUUAGAGAGUCGUUUAUGAUAAGACAAUUAAGGUGCUUUUGGCCCCCGGGGCGUAGCGCAGUUGGUGGGAUGGGGGGACGCAAGCUCGCUUGCAAGCACCGGGUGGCGGGACCGAAACCUGGGAGGAGCAAAAAUGCAGAUACCUGA